AAUUCCUUUACAACUUGGAACACUAUAUAGAUAGAUCUACGGUGUUCCUGGAGCAUUGCGCCGAAUUCAUGGACAGGUUGAGCCGCGGAUGUUGUCCGUGCAUUGGAUUUCGAAGAGGCGGCGCUCCCUCACUCUCAAAUGGUGUCAAUCAACGAGGAGUCCGGCGGGAAGAAGUGGUGCAGAAAUGCUGUGAAGGGUAUAAAAAUAGCGGAUGUUGUCCGUGCAGUGGAUUUCGAAUUCGAAGAGGUGCUUCCUCACUCUCAAAUGGUGACAAUCACCCAGGAGUCCGGCAGGAAGAAGUGGUGCAGAAAUGCUGCGAAUGGUGCAGAUUAUGUAACCCCCCAGCCGCUAAUAAGGCGACUAAUGGAAGAGAUUCUUAUCAAGGAGGAGAUUCUUAUCAUUGUUAUGAUAUGGUUUAUUAUAAUUGCGUAUGUUGUCGGUGCAUUGGAUUUCGAAUUCAAAGAAGAGGCGGCGCUCCCUCACCCUCAAAUGAUGUCAAUCACCAAGGAGUCUGGUGGGAAGAAGUGGUGCAGAAAUGCUGCGAAUGGUGCAGAUUAUGUAACCCCCCAAGAGCUGAUGAGGCGAAUAAUGGAAGAGAUUCUUAUGUGGGAGGAGAUUCUUAUCAUUGUUAUGAUUUGGAUUUUUAUAAUUUUAGGUAUAAAAAUAGCGGAUGUUGUCCGUGCGCUGGAUUUCGAAUUCGAAGAGGCGCUCCCGCACUCUCAAAUGAUGACAAUCACCAAGGAGUCCGGCGGGAAGAAGUGGUGCAGAAAUGCUGCGAAUGGUGCAGAUUAUGUAACCCCCCAAGAGCUGAUGAGGCGAAUAAUGGAAGAGAUUCUUAUGUGGGAGGAGAUUCUUAUCAUUGUUAUGAUAAGGAUUUUUAUAAUUUUAGGUAUAAAAAUAGCGGAUGUUGUCCGUGCGCUGGAUUUCGAAUUCGAAGAGGCGCUCCCGCACUCUCAAAUGAUGACAAUCACCAAGGAGUCCGGCGGGAAGAAGUGGUGCAGAAAUGCUGCGAAUGGUGCAGAUUAUGUAACCCCCCAAGAGCUGAUGAGGCGAAUAAUGGAAGAGAUUCUUAUGUGGGAGGAGAUUCUUAUCAUUGUUAUGGUAAGGAUUUUUAUAAUUUUAGGUAUAAAAAUAGCGGAUGUUGUCCGUGCGCUGGAUUUCGAAUUCGAAGAGGCGCUCCCGCACUCUCAAAUGAUGACAAUCACCAAGGAGUCCGGCGGGAAGAAGUGGUGCAGAAAUGCUGCGAAUGGUGCAGAUUAUGUAACCCCCCAAGAGCUGAUGAGGCGAAUAAUGGAAGAGAUUCUUAUGUGGGAGGAGAUUCUUAUCAUUGUUAUGAUAAGGAUUUUUAUAAUUUUAGGUAUAAAAAUAGCGGAUGUUGUCCGUGCGCUGGAUUUCGAAUUCGAAGAGGCGCUCCCGCACUCUCAAAUGAUGACAAUCACCAAGGAGUCCGGCGGGAAGAAGUGGUGCAGAAAUGCUGCGAAUGGUGCAGAUUAUGUAACCCCCCAAGAGCUAAUGAGGCGAAUAAUGGAAGAGAUUCUUAUCAGGGAGGAGAUUCUUAUCAUUGUUAUGAUAUGGUUUAUUAUAAUCGUAUUUAUAAAAAUAGCGGUUGUUGUCCGUGCAUUGGAUUUCAAAUUCGAAGAGGCUGCGCUCCCUCACCCUCAAAUGGUGGCAAUCACCAAGGAGUCUGGCGGGAAGAAGCGGUGCAGAAAUGCUGCAAAUGCUGCAAAUUAUGUAACCCCCCAACAGCUGAGGCGAAUUGAGUUGAAGCAGUAAUAAUGAGUGAGACAAUAUAAUGGUGCCUGCCAUUUCACUGCUUAGCUUGAACUAGCUGUUAAGUUUGUUUGUUGCUGAUGAGUUAGUUGUUAUUAGAUAUUUUUCUUCUUCUUUUUCUUAUGAUGAUGGGAUUAUAUUAGGCUUGGAAAUUAAUAUUAAUUGGUAUCUCUAGCUUUUCUCUCAA